AUGCACCUGUAUCGGGCCGGUAACCUCAAGUAUGACGACAGUAGACACAACUUAUUCGCCAUUGAGGAAAUAUUCCACGUGGAUAUCGAGCAAAUCGUUAAGAAGUUGAUAUUAGUGUGGACCAAGAAGUAUAAGAGUAGAGCGGAAAUCCCCACAUACGUUUCUCCUGAACUAAUUGAGCGGUCCCGCAGUGAAGCAAGAAUUAAGAUUGCAAAUGUUCUGAUGGUACUUACAGCACUUGCAAGUUUUGGUGCUAUAUUAGUUGGCAAAUCGGCUGCUAAGAGGGGAGAAUCUGUACAUCAGAUGAAUUUAGACUGGCACAAGAAGUACCAAGAUGAUUAUAAGCAGAAGGAUGAUGUUGAAACCAAAUCUUAG